AUGGCCAUGGACGCAGCCGCCAAACGCUUCUUCGCCUCGCCCUACUUCGCCGUCGUGGGGGCCAGUCAAGACCAAUCCAAGUUCGGAUAUAAGAACAUGGCAACAACAUUCUCACGUUGUUCCUCUCCGGGGAAAACAGUCUUCGCAUGGUAUCACACACACAGUCUCCCGGUAGUGCCGAUCAACCCAACACGACCAACAAUCUCGACGCCAUCCAAGAGCUACAACACCGUCCCUUCUGUCUCGGCGCUUCCACAAUCAGCGGAAACGGCGCUGUCGUUCCUCACACCACCGGCCGUGACGCGCAAAGUGUUGCAGGAAGCCCAGGCCGUGGGAGUCAAGGCCGUGUGGCUGCAGCCCGGCAGCUUUGAGCCGCAGGACCUCGAGUACGCCAAGAACCACUUCGAGAGUGCGGUCGGUGGCUAUGAGGAUGGUACGGUCGGUGGGGAGGGCUGGUGUGUGCUUGUUGACGGGGAGGACGCCCUGGACGCCGCGGGGAGGAAAUGGGGUCGGCAGAAGUUGUAG